AUGGAUCGUGAAAUUUUCUCAUGUCUGGUCAUCCAUUGGGCCUAUAACCCAUCACAGUCUCUUUUGAUCAUGGCCUUGUGGCUUUGGCUAGAAAACAUUGGUUAUGUGAGUAUAAUUUCAAAAUUGGUUGGUCUUCAUCCUACUAUAAUCAAUGAUGUGGCUCAAGAAGCUGUAUCUUGCCUGAUGUGUUUGGAGCAAGAAGAAUGCCCCAUCCCAGAUGAUGGUGGUUUGCUUCGAACCACAACUGUAGUGGAAAGAAAGAUAUCUCUCCAAGUUUUCAAGCAAAACAGGUUCACUAUCAUAGAUGGUAUAAAAAAUGUUUUAAAUAAAACAUGUUCUAUAAUUUUCAAUGAUAUUUUACUGCAAGUUUUGGGUAAAAAUUGUGCUAGUAGAUUACUACUACCUCACCCUUAUAGACCCAUUAUUGUUCCUGGCUUCCCUCAUCCAGUAUUUGGUGAAUUCAACAUACCACCAACAAAUUUUAAGGUACUUGAUUUAACUAGUUUUGAGAUAUGGACUAAUACGAGGUUAUUUGAUGAUGUGUUGGAUAUAGAUAAAACUGUAUUCUUAACAUUUUCAAGAGGCUUCCCUGUUACAAAAGGAGAAGUGGUGUAUUUUUUUACAAAUAAUUUUGGGGUCGACAGUAUAAAGACUAUUCGUAUGGGGAAUGCAAAAUCAAGUCAUCAAGUUAUGUAUGCAAUUAUGGUCUUGAACUAUGUGGAAACACUUGAUAGAAUUUUGAAUGGGGGACGUAUUGCAAAGUAUUGGGUCAAUGGAAAGCAAUUAUGGGCUCGCAAGUAUGAGCGGCGAGAAUAA